CCUCGUCACACUAUUUCUAGGGUUUUACCCGCCCCAAUAGCACCCCUUCCGUCUCUUCCCCUUCAACAACAGCAGCGCCGCCGCCGCCACCUACACCGACUCGCCGGUAGCGUCGCCGGAGGAAAGCGCCAUGGAUCGGUACCAUCGGGUGGAGAAGCCGCGGCCCGAGGCCGCCGCCAUCAGCGAGAACGAGAUCCGCAUCACCACUCAGGGCCUCAUCCGCAACUACGUCACCUACGCUACCUCCCUCGUCCAGGAAAAACGGGUGAAAGAAAUUGUGUUGAAGGCUAUGGGACAGGCUAUAAGCAAGACUGUGGCUAUUGCUGAGAUCAUAAAGAAGAGGAUUCCUGGUUUGCAUCAAGAUACAAUAAUAAGUUCUGUCAGUAUUACUGAUGUAUGGGAGCCCAUUGAGGAAGGCCUUGUACCAUUGGAGAUGACUCGUCAUGUUUCAAUGAUAUCAAUUUCCUUGUCACCUAAGGAGCUUAACAAGAAUUCUCCCGGGUAUCAAGCUCCUCUGCAUUUAGAUCUUAAGCCACAAAGAUACCAGCAACCUCAGCAAUAUCAACAGCACCAGCCAAGACAAAAUCCAAUUCAAACAGAUUCAUAUGGACGCGGCCGAGGUAGAGGCAGGGGGCGAGGAAGGGGCUGGGGUAGCAGGGGUGGUUAUGGUGGAGGCUAUGGUGGAUAUGAAUAUGAUAACCAAGGAGGUUAUGGUGGGUAUGGACACCAAGGUGGGUAUGGACAUCAAGGUGGAUAUGGAAACCAGGGAGGAUAUGGCCACAACCAAGAUGGUUAUGGUGGCUAUGGUUACAACCAAGGUGGAUAUGGAGGCUAUGAAAAUGGAGGUUGGAACUACAACCGGAACAGAGGUGGUGGUGGUGGUGGUGGCCGAGGACGAGGCAACUGGGGCUAUGGUGGUCCUGGAUAUGACCGGGGUGGCAGAGGCGCAGGUGGCCCUGGCGGCAGGGGCUAUGUGCGAGGCCGUGGACGAAUGGGUGGCGGCCGUGGGCGGGGCAACCAAAACUACUAGAUCAAGGGUUGGAUUUGCCAACCCGCUCUUGAGGUUCUGUAUGGCAUUGGAAAAAAACAAAGAAAAAAAAAGAUAAGGGCAUUUUCCAUGGCUGUACUGCUGUUUCUUUGUCCUCCCAGAUUUUAGUAUAAUGGCCAAUGGUGCCUGUACCAUUGCUUCAAUUCAGUGGGAUUUUGACAUGAGUUGUUCAGUUUUCCCUGGGACAUCUUUCCUGUAUUUAAGAGUGCCUUUUUUUGAUAGUCUAUCAGUAUCCAGUUACGCCUUUUUCAGCCCUAUGUAUUUUGA